GCUUUGAGGAAGUGCGGAUAAAACAAGCCAGCGAGCCGUGAGGUAUCCGAGCGGGUUGACAGCUGUUAGCGGUAAAACAGAAGCACUUUUUCUUAUCAUCUGAGCUACUUUGUACCGAGACGGCAGCUGAAAUGUCCGCGGAGGUUUUCUCCUAUGAGAGUUUAGUUCAUGCUGUGGCAGGAGCAGUGGGAAGUGUGACUGCAAUGACAGUAUUCUUCCCAUUGGAUACUGCUAGAUUACGACUCCAAGUGGAUGAAAAUAGAAAGGCCAAAUCUACACCAGCUAUUCUGGCUGAUAUUGUCAAAGAAGAAGGACUACUAGCUCCCUACAGAGGAUGGUUCCCUGUCAUCUGUAGUCUGUGCUGCUCCAACUUUGUCUACUUCUACUGCUUCCACUGGAUAAAGAAUGCCUGGCUCAAGGGCAGGCUGUCAACUCCUAGCACUGACCUCAUUGUCGGCAUUGCUGCAGGUGUUAUAAAUGUUCUACUGACCACUCCUCUGUGGGUGGUCAACACCAGGCUGAAGCUGCAGGGAUCCAAGUUUCGCAAUGCCGAUAUCCGGCCCACAAACUACUCGGGCAUCCUGGAUGCAUUUGAGCAGAUCAUCCGUAAAGAAGGCGUUGGAGCCCUCUGGAACGGGACCUUCCCAUCCCUGCUGCUGGUGAUGAACCCCGCAAUCCAGUUUAUGAUUUACGAAGGUCUGAAGAGGCAGCUGAGAAGAGGGGUUCCCAGGGAGCUUUCGUCGCUGGAGGUCUUCAUCAUCGGAGCUGUCGCCAAAGCUGUUGCCACCACUGUUACAUACCCACUGCAGACGAUCCAAUCCGUCCUCAGGUUCGGUCAGUUCAACACACCAAAGGAAAGGUCCAAACUUCUGUCCAGUCUACAGACCAUCAAAGGUCUACUGGUAAACAGAGCAAGGAGACAUGGAGUGUUGGGUCUGUUCAAAGGCCUGGAGGCCAAACUACUGCAGACCGUGCUGACUGCGGCCCUCAUGUUCCUUCUCUAUGAGAAGAUCGCCAGUGGUACCUUCAAAGUCAUGGGACUGAGCAGCAGCCACUACAAGAAACGCUAGCCAGCAACCUGAGAGACAAACCUGGACACUUGCCAGCAUAAAUGCACUGUUAUGAUGACGAGAUGGGACCUAAUUUUAGUCUAUUUCAUUCCUCAAAGGAAGCCGACGUCCUGCAUAAACCACUACUGAUGUCUCACUGUGAUUUUCUUGUGUUUCAUCAUAAAUGAAAAUGAGGAUGUGAGAAGUUGGGAAGGCGGCAUUUCUCAUUAAAAUUUUAAUACUAAAUCCCUAAAA